AUGUCUGUGUACCGAUCGCUGAUCUCCGCGGACGCGCGCCGCGCGGAGUGCGAGCGUGUGUGCCGCGAGCACCCUGAGCAGGUGCCCGUGGUGGUCGAGUCGGCCAACUCGAGCCACAUCCGCUUCCUCGCCAUGCCGCGCGAUGCGAUGGUAGCCGACCUGGAGGCUACGGUGCGCCAGACGCUGGGGGCUACAAGCAAGAAGGUGGCGCUGGCGAUCGAGGGCUGCAGCCCUGCGGCGAUGACAAUGGUUGGUGACAUCUUCGACGCCUACAAGCAACCCGACGGCUUCCUCUACGUCUCGUGCGCGCGAGAGUCGGCUAUGGGCGCCAAGGACGUUUGCUGUGUUGGCGAUACAGGCAAAUUUUUUGAGGACAUCGAGAAUAACCCGAACCUGCUUGGCUCCAUGUAA